CUGACCUUGGCGACGCUUGGCUGCAUUCACGGAAGGCGCCUGAAAACGCUUCGGAAAAAGGCAUCGGGGGCAGCGCGCGUUCGUGUCGCCCAUUGUUAUCCUCGUCGCGUGUAAUGGCUACCGUGGAGUUUGUUGACGGUGCUCGGUCUGCUUGUUCGCGCUACGGCCUAGCUUGAGCCACGGUACGCGGCGACGUGGCCCAACCUGACGAGAAUAAAGCGGUGAGAAGCCGUGGCCCGCCAGCUACCGCCAAUUUUAUGCGACCGUGGAACCCGCGCUUCGUACACCAGUCGCCGCAGCCGCCACCGCGCUUGGACGACAUGAUCUGCGCGGGUCAACGCUGCUCAUUGACAAGCGUGUAACUCGGAGCGGAUUUCGCGGCAUCCACAAGGGCCGAUAUAUCGUUAGUGUUGUGACCGGAGCUGAUUUUAGCGGGAUCGAACGUACCGAGGCGGUGCAUCGAAGGUUCUAAAUCGAUCGCCAUUGAUUUUCCGCCGCGACCACGGCCCAACCGACACGAGGAACCCGUUCUCGGAUGUUGUAUUGGACGAUACACCGAAACCAAUCGCCCGUGGCAUCGAGAUCGUCGGGACUAAGUGUGACCAGCUGCGCGGCACCCCGCGCCGCAGUCAUGGCAACUAGAAGAUCAUCCGUUUGGCAGUCAGACAUGUAACCCGCGGCGCCCGUGUAGACUAUCACAUGGUCAAAGGCAACACAUCAAUGGCCCUAGAAUCAAAUGGCAACAACGUGGUGUGGUUGAACACAACCCGUCCUGAUCAAAUACAACAGAGCCAACCGAUCGAGCAGCCAGUGAAGUGUUCCAUGUUUACUCAAACCGAGCAAACAAAUAGUUUUACUCAGACGGAGCAGAGCAAUUCAAGCUACGGAGAUCAAAGACAGCAACAAGCAGCAAUGUUUGACCCACAACAAAUGCAGCAGCAGCAAGCUGCUCAGGGUCAACAGUCGCAGCAGCAGCAGUCCCAGCAGAUGUAUGUCACGACGGACAAGAAGGAGGAUAAAUCCCAGCAACAAUCUGCUACUACGGAGUUCCCUUUCUAUUACAAUGUAAACAUGCUCCAAAAGGUCCAAACAAAUGUGGGCACAAUCGGUGCGAUCACUACCGACGACAAAGGUUGUUACCGCUUCGACGUGCAACCUGUUGGUUACAACACAUUGUUGAAUCAGAUGAGCAUCGCAGCUGCUACCAAUGCCACCUUCAAGUGUGACAUUUGUGGUUUGGUCUUUGGGCACAUGAGCUUAUUGAAUCACCACAAACGGAUUCAUAACACAACACCUAGUAAUCUUCAACAACAACCUCAGCAAGUUGUUGUGCAAACACCAACAACAGUGACUGUCGCGACAACACCAGAGAGACCAUACACCUGUGAUAUAUGCGGAGCAUGCUUCGCACUACCAGGAGAAUUAAAGAGCCAUAAAACAAAUAUGCAUCAAAAACCGAAGGUGCAGAUUUGUGAAGAUUGUGGUAGCGAAGACCCCUGCGAGCAUCAUCCCACUAAAAUUAAAAAGACUAUUAAACCUGGUCAUCAUCCAGUGAAACGAAGGGGUGUUACCAGUGUCACUAAAUGUCAUAAGUGUAAUGGCACGGGAAUAAUUUUUAUUGGUAAAGACGACGAUAAACUAGAUUCUGGAAUCAGUUCCCUCGCAAAGUGUGGCGCCUGCAAGGCAACAGGCCGCAUCAUCAUAGGAAGUGGGAAACAGAACAGUCAAAACCAGGCAGAGAAACCGUUCCAUUGUAAUGUGUGCGAUGGAACAUUUUCCCGAUACUCGUCGCUUUGGUCCCAUAAGAGACUGCAUUCUGGAGACAAACCUUUCAAGUGUGAUAUUUGCGGCUUGGCUUUUGCAAAAGCCGCUUAUCUGAAGAAUCACGGAAGAGUGCAUACCGGUGAGAAACCGUUCAAAUGCUCUGUCUGUGGUAUGCAGUUCUCACAAAGUCCUCACUUAAAGAACCACGAAAGAAUUCAUUCUGGUGAACGCCCUUAUCAGUGUGAAGUGUGUGAAAAAACAUUUGCCAGACAUUCGACCCUUUGGAACCACAGGAGAAUCCACACCGGUGAAAAACCUUACAAAUGUAGUAUAUGUGGCUCGGCCUUUAAUCAAGCUACACAUCUGAAGAAUCACGCGAAGGUCCACACCGGUGAAAAGCCGCACAGAUGUGAUAUAUGUGAGAUCGGUUUCUCCGAUCGCUUCGCAUUAAAGCGUCAUCGUGCAAUCCACGAAAAGUACGGGCAGACCGCCCGCAACCAGAACGCGAACAACCCGACGAACGCACAGCAGCCGAACGCGAGCAAUCAGCAGCAGCAGCAACAGCAGCAGCCCCAGCAGCAGCAACAGGGUCAACAGGUAGUCGUGGUGAACACCACAACCCCAGUUACCGUGAGUCAAGGCCAAGGGCAAGCGGUAAUGCUCGAAGAAGUCUACAAGUGUCAGGUGACUUUCCCAGAGCCUAAAUGAUUCAGCUAGAGAAUACCUUUCAGGAGCUGGUAAAGGGGUUAAUUUUCUAACCUUUUUUUUUAUUCAAAUGAACAACGUCAAUACAAAACAACCACAUCAUCAACCAACAACAACUACAACAAAUGACGAACAGAUCCCUAAUUGACAUUGAGACGAACUGACAGUCGGUGGCGUGCGAGAAUCGUAGGAACGUGCGUGGUGCGGAAGAGAGAACCGAUGGAGGAGUGCGGCGGGUUUCCGGAGUGACUGGCGAGGCACGCUUUUCGUGAAGAGAUUCAGGUUCCGACGGGAAGGAUCGGCGUGGCGUGCGCGGACAUGCAAACGCCGGAACACAGUCGAUUAUAUUAUAUAUAAAUAUAUAUAUAUAUAUAUAUAUAAAUAUAAUUAUACAUACGUCUGAGGCAUGAAACGUAUCGAAAGAGCGAGAGAGCGAAAGAGAGAGAGUGAGAGAGAGCGAGCGAGCGAGAGAAAGAGAGAGAGA